UGUUUAGGACUAGCUUUGUCCGCCCAGUUUUCGCCUUGCCUCCGUUACUUUAUCUCUCUCUCUUUCUCUGUCUCAAAUUAUUGUCUUUAUUCCCUCUUAACAUCAAAUCUUUAAACGGAAGCGAGUCUGCUCCGUGUCUGAGCUAAAGCUUAAUCCAUAAUACCUAUGAACCAAACACUAAAAAACGAACAUCUUUGGACUUGACAAGUUGCUGUCUUUAGCGCAAGUAAGAACACCCAAUGCUCUUGAAUCUUGAGUUUCCCUUGUAGGUUGGAUUGUGGGGGAGUGUGUUCUGUAUGGAUUUUGAGGUGGUGGGUUUGGAGGGGUUCGUGGGUUCAGAGGUUACUACAACUGGUUUUGCUUCCGAUCCUGAGGCGAUGCAGAAAUGGUAUGAGUCCGGGUUCCUGAAGCAAGAGAGAUCUGGAAAUAACGAGGAUGAGUGGAGGAGUUCAAAGCUGGCCAAAUUUGAAGAUUUCUCAGCCCCCAAGGCAACGUUGCUGAACCACAGAAAUACUUUACUGAGAUCCAAUACCUCUAUCUUCUCUGACGGACAACAGCAGCAGCAACAAAUACUGAGCUCUUCUGCUCCCAAAUCAGAAGCUCCUUCAGUGGAUAGCGGCUCUCAAAAUGUCGCAUGCCGUUACUUUCACCUCACAUCACCUGCUUACACUAGAAACACAGGCUACAUCAGUGGAGGGUUUAAUGGUACAAACAUGCAUGGGGUGUUAACAGGAGCUAGAGGACCAUUCACUCCAUCUCAAUGGAUGGAGCUGGAACACCAGGCUUUGAUCUACAAAUACAUAACUUUUAAUGUGCCUAUACCAUCUAAUCUUCUCAUUCCUAUAAGAAAAUCCCUUGAUUCUGCUAAUUUUUCUAUUUUCUCUGGUGGACUCCUCACACCCAAUACAUUGGGAUGGGGAGCUUUUCAUCUUGGGUUCUCAAAUAACACUGAUCCAGAGCCAGGACGGUGUCGUAGAACGGAUGGAAAGAAAUGGCGGUGUUCAAGAGAUGCGGUUGCCGACCUGAAGUAUUGCGAGCGGCAUAUGAACAGGGGCCGCCAUCGUUCAAGAAAGCCUGUGGAAGGCCAAUCCGGCCAUUCCGCCGCCGCCACUACCACCAAACGGAUGCCCAAUGUCUCAUCCUCCCAAGCAUCAGCGGUAGGGCCAACCAGUGGCAGCGGCGCGUCCAACAGCCUCUCCAUUGCACAACAGCAGUUCAAGAAUUGGCAGCCUGGUAGUGCAUCUAACCUUUCGGCUGAAGCUCCGCUGAACAGGUUGCUUCCGAGUAAAGACACUGCGCCAGGACUCACCGUCACAUCCCUGACCGGUGACCUAAAAUCAAAAGAAAACCCCCCCUUGAUCCCGAAGCAGCACAUCUCAUAUGAACAAAACUCAAGAACCGAGUUUGGAGUUGUUUCCUCUGACUCACUUCUUAACCCAUCUCAUAAAGGUUCUUCCUUGAUCAGGUGCAGAAAUUUUGGUUCCUCUUUAGACGAUAGCAAUCAAGAAACUGAGGCCCAGCAUUCCCUUCGCCAGUUCUUGGAUGAGUGGCCUAAAACCCAGUCUGAUCGUUCAGCCAUUUCCUGGCCUGAUUUUCAAUCAGAUGGGACUCAACUUACCAUAUCAGUACCCAUGGCUGCCUCUGAUUUUAUUUCCUUUACCUCCUCUACCAACAACAAUGAGAAAGUAACACUGACCCCUCUCAGAUUAUCACGUGAAUUCGAUCCUAUACAUAUGGGGUUGGGAGUGGGCAGUGAAUCAAACCCGAGGCAAGCAAAUUGGAUUCCCAUCUCUUGGGAGUCAUCCAUGGGUGGUCCUCUUGGUGAGGUAUUGCAUGGUACUAACAACAGCACGGGUGAGUGUAAGAACACAUCACCACUUAACCUAAUGACAGAGGGCUGGGAUAAUAGUCCUCCGUUAGGAUCAUCACCCACCGGUGUCCUACAAAAGACUAUGUUUGCUUCUCUUUCUACUAGCAGCGCCGGAAGCAGUCCGAGAGCUGAAAAUAACAAGGCAAAUGAAAGUGCCAACCUUCGCAAUAAUCUCCUCGGUUCAACCCUUGUCCACCCUUCCUCUCUGCCUGUUCUAUAACCGACUCUUACCAACACCAAAAUCACUUGGAGAAAUGGGGAAGCAUGAAUUUUCCCUGCUCUA